GGUCACUAGGGUUUCGAACGGAAAUGUUCACUCCGCAAAGAAAUCGGUGGCCGGAGACUGACCGGAAGGGAAAGGCCAUAGCUUUUUCCGACGAAAUCAUGACACCUCCCCCACAAACGAUGCUUCUCCGAGAGAACGAUGAUUGGUUAAAGUUCAAAGAGGUUGGUUUGCUCGAUGAAGCUUCUCUAGAAAGAAAAGAUCGUGAUGCUCUUAUUGAGAAAAUCUUGAAGCUUGAAAAAGAGUUGUUUGAUUAUCAACAUAACAUGGGGCUUUUGCUAAUUGAGAAGAAGAAGUGGACUUCAACUAAUGAAGAACUUCAACAAGCUUAUGAUGAAGCUACAGAGAUUCUUAAACGUGAAAGGACUUCGAAUUUAAUUGCUUUAAAUGAAGCUGACAAAAGAGAAGAGAAUCUUAGAAAAGCUUUGAUCGCUGAGAAGCAAUUUGUGGCUGAGCUUGAGAAGGAUUUGAAGUAUUGGCAACAAGAACAUUCUGUGGUGAAGUCUACUUCUGAGGAAAAGUUAGCGGAAGCUAAUGCUUUGGUUAUUGGUAUGAAGGAAAAAGCUUUAGAGGUGGAUAGAGAGAGGGCUAUUGCUGAAGAAAAGUUUUCGGUGGUUAAUAGAAAGAGUUCUGAGUUAGAACGGAAACUAAAGGAGGUGGAGACUCGUGAAAAGGUGCUUCAAAGGGACCAUCUUUCGCUAGUUACAGAACGAGAAGCACAUGAGGCAGUGUUUUACAAGCAGAGAGAAGACCUACAGGAAUGGGAGAAGAAGCUUACACUAGAAGAAGAUAGGUUGUCUGAAGUUAAAAGAAGUAUUAACCAUAGAGAAGAAAUAAUUAUGGAAAAGGAAAGAACCAUCAAGAAGAAAGAGAAGAUCCUUGAAAACUUGCAGCAAAAGAUUUCUAUUGCUAAGUCAGAAUUGACAGAGAAAGAAGAAUCUAUAGAGAUUAAGCUAAAUGACAUUUCUUUGAAGGAAAAAGACUUCGAGGCCAUGAAGGCUAAAGUUGAUAUCAAAGAGAAGGAGCUCCAUGAGUUUGAGGAGAAGCUUAUUGAGAGGGAGAAGAUGGAGAUUGGGAAGCUCCUUGAUGAUCAGAAAGCUGUUCUAGAUUCAAGAAGGCAUGAGUUUGAAAUGGAGCUUGAACAGAUGAGGAGAUCCCUUGAUGAAGAACUUGAGGGAAAGAAAGCUGAAAUCGAGCAGCUGCAAGUUGAGAUCAGCGACAAAGAAGAGAAGUUGGCUAAGAGAGAGGCAUCUUUAGAAAAAAUGGAGGAGGGAUUGAAGGAGAAAGAGAAGGAUCUUGAAACAAGUCUCAAAACUGUGAAGGAAAAAGAAAAAUCUCUAAAAGCUGAAGAGAAAAAGCUGCAUAUAGAAAAUGAGAGAUUGCACGAAGAUAAGGAAUGUCUGCGUAAACUAAAAGAUGAGAUUGAAGAGAUUGGGGCUGAGACAACAAAGCAAGAAUCAAGGAUUCGCGAAGAACAUGAAAGCCUCAGGGUUACAAAAGAAGAGAGAGUCGAGUUUCUGAGGCUGCAAUCUGAACUGAAGCAGCAGAUAGAUAAAGUUAAGCAAGAGGAGGAGUUGCUCUUGAAAGAACGUGAAGAACUGAAACAAGAUAAGGAAAGAUUUGAGAAAGAGUGGGAAGCUUUGGAUCAGAAGAGGGCUGACAUAACUAAAGAGCAAAACGAAGUUGCUGAAGAAAAGGAGAAACUGAGAAAUUUGCAAAUAUCAGAAAAGCAUAGGCUGAAGAGAGAAGAGAUGACCUCAAGGGAUAAUUUGAAGAGGGAAUUGGAUGGUGUCAAGAUGCAGAAAGAAUCAUUUGAAGCCGACAUGGAAGAUCUUGAGAAGCAAAAAAGGAAUCUUGACAUGGAGUUUCAGAGGCAAGAAGAAGAGGGUGAGAGAGAUUUUAAUGAAAGGGCGAGAACAUAUGAGAAGAGAAGCCAAGAAGAGCUUGAUAACAUCAAUUACACAAAGAAGCUGGCUCAAAGAGAGAUGGAAGAAGUGCAAUACGAGAAGCUUGCUCUUGAGAGGGAAAGAGAACAAAUUUCUGUCCAAAAGAAGUUGUUGAAAGAACAAGAAGCUGAGAUGCAUAAGGACAUCACUGAGCUAGAUGUACUUAGAAGCUCUUUGAAGGAGCAACGAGAAAAAUUUAUCUGUGAAAGGGAGCGUUUCCUAGUAUUUCUGGAAAAACUUAAGAGCUGCAGUUCCUGUGGAGAAAUAACCGAAAAUUUUGUUAUGUCUGAUCUUCGACUACCUGAUGUUGAAGAUGGGGACAAACGUUUCGGGAAACAAAAAUUAAAAGUAGAGGAAGCUUUGAACAUUUCUCCCAGUGCAGAGAGUAGCAGGAGAACAUCUUUGCUUGGGAAAAUCGCUUCAAAGCUAUUGAGCAUAUCACCAAUUGGGAAAGAUAAAGUCACUGAUCUGGGUAUAACGGCUAAGCUUCCAGAAUCUUCGCAACCUGAUGAUACUCUGGAUAUAGUGUCAGGCGAUGAUCAAGAACCGUCUGCUACUGAACAGAGUUUCACAGAUAGUAGAAUACAAGAUGGUCCUGAAGGUUCCCUGCAAUCAGAGAUAAAGAGUGAUAAACCUAGACGAGGUAGAGGUAGAGGUAGAGGUAGGGGUAAGUCUGCUAGAGGAAGAUCGCAAGCAACAAAAGCUGCCUCUAGAGAUUCAAAACCAUCUGAUGGUGAAAUUCCAAGGAAGCGACAACGUGAACAGACUUCUAGAAUCACAGAAAGUGAACAGGCAGCUGGUGAUAGUGAUGAUGGUGUAGACAGUACCACAACUGGUGGACGUAGGAAAAAAAGACAGAUAGCUGUUCCAGUCUCUCAAACGCCUGGACAAAGCCGAUAUCAACUCAGGAGACAUAGAAAUGUAGGAACAGAAGAAGAUAAAGCACAAGCAUCAAUGGGUGCCACUAAAAAACAAGAGAGUGUCAAUGGUGAUAUUAGAACAGUGCCAAGUCCGAAGGAAACUCUUACUCCACCGCAAGGUGAGAAUAGAGAAAAUGGCAAAGCUGAAGUAUUCGUGGAGACGGUAACACAUGAGGAGAUUGUUAGGGUUGAAGUAGAGACUGAGUUCAAGGAUAACAACACGGGAAAUAGACUAGUCGAAGAUCAGCAGUUGGAAGGAGGAGGCAGCGGUGAAAUAAGAGAGCAUGGUAAAGAUGAUGAUGAGAAUUUCAGCAUGAUCGAAGAGGAGAACGAAGGAGAAGAAGAAGAAGAAGAAACAGAGCGCCAAGAUAAUGCUGGUAUUCAAGGAACCAAACCAGAGACUCGAAGCAAGGCAGAAACAGAGGAAAGUGAAGGAGGUCCCAUGGAGAAAACAGAGCAAGCUGCUCUCUACUCUACCAUUCAAGGCUUUGUUGGUGAAUCUUGGAAUGGUUCUUAUCUUUAUCCUGACCCUUGUGGCUGGACUCCUAUUCAGGGUGUGACUUGUGAUAUGUAUGAUGAUCUUUGGUAUGUAACUGCUCUAAGCUUUGGGACUAUGAAAGACAACUCUCUUGCUUGUUCUGAAAUUCCAGUGAUCAGACCACAACUUUUUGAGCUCAAGCACCUCAAGUCCCUCUCUCUUUUCAGCUGCUUCACAUCGCCUAACCGAUAUCUAGCUUCAAUCUCGGAUGAGAAGUGGUUGGAUCUCUCUAAAAGCUUGGAGAGACUUGAGAUCAGAUCAAACCCGGGACUGAUAGGUGAACUUCCUUCUGUCAUCACUAACCUCACCAACUUUCAAUCUCUGGUGGUGCUAGAGAACCAGUUAACAGGUCCAUUGCCAAAGAAUUUGGCCAAGUUAACCAGAUUGAGACGGUUAGUACUGUCUGGAAACCGGUUCACAGGGAGAAUACCGGAGGUCUACGGCUUAACCGGAUUGUUGAUAUUGGAUCUGAGCCGGAAUUUCUUAUCUGGGUCGUUGCCCUUAAGCAUUGGAGGAUUGGAUUCUCUGCUGAAACUCGAUCUUAGUAACAAUUACUUGGAAGGAAAGUUACCUAGAGAGCUAGAGUCUUUAAAGAAUCUGACUCUUUUGGACCUGAGAAACAACAGAUUCUCAGGCGGAUUGACUAAAGAGAUCCAAGAGAUGAAUUCUUUAGUAGAACUGGUUCUGUCCAAUAAUCGCCUAGCCGGGGACUUGACAGGAAUAGAGUGGAGAAAUCUGAAGAAUCUAGUGGUUCUUGAUCUCUCCAAAACAGGCUUAAAAGGGGAGAUUCCUGGUUCAAUCUUGGAGCUCAAGAAACUGAGGUUUUUGGGUUUGAGCAACAACAAUCUCGGAGGCAAACUCAUUCCACAAAUGGAAACUGAAAUGCCUAGUCUCAGCGCGCUCUACGUGAAUGGAAAUAACAUCAGUGGAGAGAUGGAGUUCUCUAGAAAGUUCUAUGAGAAGAUGGGAAGGAGACUUGGUGUUUGGGGGAACCCUAAUCUGUGUUACAACGGAAAUGAGAUCAAGAACCUUAGCGAUCAUGUUCCUUUUGGAGUGAACCAAUUUUUUGAUGAUCCUCUUCCUACAGAGAACUGCGCAGAAGAUUUUGUGAAAAGAGUUGAAUCAUUGUCUUCGAUGGAAAAUAACUCUGCAAAGCUUGAAAAUGGCAGAACUCCACAUUGUUGGACUUUUUUCAGUAGUAAACAAAGUUUCUCAGGAAAACAUCCCAACAGUCACGGCAUAGAAAGUUAGAGCUGGGAUGCUUCAAGGUGUGGAAAUCGCAUUGGGGUUUCCUGAAGGCUCGAUUCCUAAACCCGUUUAUACACGUCUCAUUGACUAUUGA